AUGAAGCUUUUCACGACUCUCGCCGUUGCCGCUCUUGCCCAAUACGCUCCUGAUCCAGCAACAACCGAGGAAACAACCACCAUUGUCCCAAACACUGGCCUCAGCUGCUGGCAUUGCGAUGCUAAGAACAUGACCGAGUGCGAGAGCAUCGGCGAGCAGAAAGAAUGCGCGGACAAUGCGCAAGUUUGCAUGGUCGAAGUCCGAAAGCGAAACGGCGUUUUGGAAUCUGUUUGCAUGGGAUGCAAGUGGCCAAAAGCCUGCGUCGACAACAAGAAGCAGAACUUCAAGGGCAAGUGGAAGGAGCAGCAGUGCAAGCCAUGGGCCUGGUACAAGAAGGGAGCUUCCGUCUGCCGACAGUGCUGCAACGCCGAUGACGAUUGCGCCAAAGACUUCAUGUCAAACGGCGUCGGACCACUCGACAUUGCUGGCUGGAAAGAAAACAUCCUUGUCCAGAACUAA